GGGAUUGUGGGAGCUCUGUCCAAGCCGGACUUUGUCUUCCUCCUCCUCCUCUAGCCUGGAGGUGACUUUGCUUUCUCCUUCGCGGGCUUUGUGGCAUCAUGGCCGCUCAGGAAGGUCUCUGGGAUGCUAUUGUGAUUGGAGCAGGCAUCCAGGGCUGCUUCACUGCAUACCACCUGGCCAAACACUCGAAGAGGGUCCUCGUGCUGGAGCAGUUCUUUCUUCCUCAUUCCCGGGGAAGCUCGAACGGACAGAGCCGCAUAAUCAGAAGGGCUUAUCCGGAGGACUUCUACACAAGGAUGAUGGAUGAAUGCUAUCAGAUGUGGGCCCAGCUGGAGCGCGAGGCUGGAACCCAGUUGCACAGGCAGACUGAGCUCUUGUUGCUGGGGAUGAAGGAGAAUCCAGGAUUAAAGACAAUCCAGGCCACACUGUCGAGGCAUGGGACUGACCACGAAUAUCUCUCACCAGUGGAUUUAAAGCAACGUUUUCCAAACAUUCGGUUCACCAGGGGAGAAGUGGGGCUCUUAGACAAGACUGGAGGUGUCCUCUAUGCAGACAAGGCCCUCCGAGCCCUCCAGCAUCGAAUUUGUCAGCUAGGAGGCGUGGUGUGCGAUGGAGAGAAGGUAGUGGAGAUAAGACCUGGCCUGCCCGUCACGGUGAAGACCACCGCAAAGAGCUACCAAGCCAGCAGCUUGGUCAUCACUGCGGGUCCCUGGACCAACCGGAUCCUCCGUCCCCUGGGAAUUGAGUUGCCUCUCCAGACCCUUAGGAUUAAUGUGUGUUACUGGCGAGAGAAAGUCCCUGGGAGCUAUAGCGUGUCGCAGGCUUUUCCAUGCAUCCUGGCUCUGGAUCUGGCCCCCCACCACAUCUACGGACUGCCAGCAUCAGAGUACCCGGGGCUGAUGAAGAUCUGCUAUCACCAUGGUGACAAUGUGGACCCAGAGGAGCGGGACUGCCCCACAACCUUCUCAGACAUCCAAGACGUUCCGAUCCUAUGCCGCUUUGUCAGGGAUCAUUUACCAGGCCUGCGGCCCGAGCCAGACAUCAUGGAGCGCUGCAUGUACACGAACACUCCCGAUGAGCACUUUCUUCUUGAUUGCCACCCAAAGUAUGACAACAUUGUCAUCGGUGCUGGAUUCUCUGGGCAUGGUUUUAAGUUGGCCCCUGUUGUGGGGAAGAUCCUCUAUGAGCUAAGCAUGAAAUUACCGCCAUCUUAUGACUUGGCACCAUUUCGAAUAAGCCGCUUCUCUACACUGAGCAAAGCCCACCUUUGACCCCAGCUGACUCCUGGGCAGGAGAGCCCUCCUGGGGAAGACUUCUAAGAGAAGAAAAUGGCCUUGACAUAUUUCUUUUCCUCCUGCUUCUAUAGAAUCUCCUGUAAACACCAAAUGAUUGCACCUCCUUCCCCAAUCAGCCUUCCGAGUCCAUCUCUUUUCUUAGCCCAGAAAGUCAGCCAGAGAUUCACCAUCACAGCACAGCGAGGAAAUUUAAGCCAGAUCUCUCAGUGGGGGAGGGGCUAGAGAUGCACUCAGGAGACUAAAGGCCUCCUUAAAUUUCUCUCUGCUGGGACAUUGGAUACAUUUGAGAUUGCUUUGACUAAAUCUGCCCAGGGGAAUGUAAAAGAGAUUAUCUUUUAUAAACCACUAGUGCCUUUGGGUUUCUUUGCCAAAAACUUGAGCCAGCUGCCAUCACCAACUCUCAUACAGUCUUACCUCUAAUAAAUAAACAUUUGCCAGAAAAAAAAGUUGCUGAAACAAACAAACAAACAAAAAACUGCAUUGCAUAAUGCCCGGGGAGGCCUUUAUUUUUCUAUAUAACUCUAUUUUUUAUCAGCUCUAAUUAUCUAAAUUAGUACCACAGGAAUCCAUGGAGUCUCCAAACCACCGAGGCACUGUGCCCUUCGCGCCUGCUGCUUUGUCUGUCCUCAUCUUCUGUCUGGACCUGUAAAGAUGUUUAGCUCCCCACUCUCUCAUUAAGGUGUAUUGUCAGGUCCUUAUGAAGACGGAACUGUUACACCGGAAAGAAAGCAAGAGACACACUUGCUUAGAAACCCCGUUCAAUGUUUGAAUGUUAAAUGUGCCAUUUUAUUAUCAUUAGGAUUGCUCCCACUUAAUGAAACAGCAUUAGCACUGAAUCGGCUGGCCUCCUUGCACUAAUUGCUAUGGAAGAGAAUGGGGCUUGUAACUACCCCUGGGUGGGUGGAGGGGUGAGGGGUGUGAACGGGGACUCAGGCAAGGUUGAUGUGCUUAGACCAGGGUUCUCAACUUUCCUGACGCUGUGACCCUUUAAUACAGUUCCUCAUGCUGUGCUCACCCCCAACCAUAAAAUUAUAUUUGUUGCUAUGUCA